AUGAGCUCGUCAUCCGCGCCCACGUCCAACCCCAAGACCAAGACGAACAUGACCGACACCGAGCGUGCCCAGGUGGUCGCCGCCGUGCUGGCGCUCCCAUCAAACGGUGUCCCGAAGAAAGGAGUCUUCGUCGAAGUCGCCGCCAUGUUCCCCUUCACGGUGUUUUCCGUUCGGCGAGUCUGGCUCCACGCCGACGAGAGUGCUAAGAGCGGCGGCGGCUACGCCACCACGCCCCGAAUGAGAGGCCGCUGCGGACGACGCAAGCCCGAUCGCAAAGCAAACCUGGAGCGCUUGCGAGCCGUGCCGCCUACCCAACGCUUCACUAUUCGGUCCGCCGCCGCCGCCUACGCCCCAACCUUAACUGCUGUGAUCUGGGGCUGUUUACUGCUGUACAAGCUCGCCAGAUACGCACCAUUGACGAGCUCAUUGAGGCCACGGAAGCUGCAUUCUUGA